UUGAAUGAAUAAUCCCUUUCCUACUGCUUUGCUGACGUGGUUUAACUAGGCACAAAUCUGUAAUUAAGUAGUGCCUAUUCAGCUAAUGCUAAUUCAGUACUGACAUUGUGGGAUCAUGUUUCUUGCAUUAAUAUGCAGAUCCAGUAAUGUACAGUUUGAGGUAGCUGCCUUAUACAGUAUGUUACAGAAAUUAUAUAGAAACAGACACCUCUUUUGUCCAUUGUUUCUCCUUAGCUAGAAAUAGUUUUGUUAUUUCUUUUGCAACUGUCCAUGUUAGAUUUCUAGAGAAUGAAAGCUGAAAUUCGAAUUCAAGGGCUGGGGUACAAUAUCUCCCUCUAGAUUGUACUAACUAUAUUGAUCUCAGGAUGUCAUCUGCCUACUAUGAUGGGAGUCAGCUGUAGUGCCCUAUGGCUUGAGAGGAAUAGAUAUGCUCUAUUGCCAUAUUGAAAAACUGCUUCCCCCUUAAUGGAUAUCUACUUGUAAUAACUAAGCACAUAAAUAGUGAUUGCUAUGAGAUGGAAGGUAUUCACUAAUGUUACAUUUUGCAAUGUAGUUUUCCUCCCUAUUCCUCAUGUGAGUAACUUCUCAUUUCCCAUCCUCAAACCACAAGCAAAUUGGCAUCAUGUUCGAUUUUUUUUUCUUUCUGUGGUUAUGCUUGGUUAGUGAAACACAAAUGACAGCUCACCUGCCAAAUCCUUCUCAACUAUUUCUCAUGGGUCCAGGAUCCUUGUGGGGCAAGAGUCUUCCCAGGAGAGGGAAAAGGGUUUUUAAAUAGGGGCUUCUCAGCAUUUUGAGGAGAACAUCAAGCUCUGCUGCCCAACUGGGGCAUGCACAAGUUUAUGUUCAGUUGACACUUCAACCACUCCCCAUACUGUUUUUGUCUCAGAGGUAAUCAAUAGAAUGCAGGUGGAGAGAGGGCAAUCUGACCUUGGGACAUGGAGACUUAUGUAUGAACAUCAAAGCCAACCCAAAAUAGGGGAUGCCAUCACCCAUGCAUCUCAGCAACAAUUCAGAUCUGGAGGAAAACUUGCACAGAGUGAUGGGCAGUGCUGGCCAAGGUGUGGCUGCUCUGCCUCACAGUCGGGUCACCUUUCAGGAUCCUAUACUCUUUUCUGGCCUGGAGAAGCUACCUCUUGCUCAAGAUCCUGACAGCCCAAGCUGGCGGUCCCUUGACAGCCCAAGCCCCCCUGCUACACCUGAGCAGACCCUUCCCACCUAUUGCCUGCAGUACUUCAAUAUGCUCUACCCAGAUGACAGCAAUUGGGUCCCAAAGAGUUUGGGUGAAACUCAACACAACGAUCAAGGAAGCAGGACGGAAGUGCAUAAGGAACCUGAGCAGUGUCCUAUCAUUGACAGUCAAGGAUUGAGCCUCACCUCUGAGAUGGAUUAUCAGGCCAGUCUUCACUUUGAGGAGCACUCCUUGGAACAGGUGCAGACAAUGGUGGUGGGUGAAGUGCUCAAGGACAUUGAAACAGCUUGUAAACUGCUCAACAUUGCCGCAGACCCUGCAGACUGGAGUCCUGGAAAUGUCCAAAAGUGGAUCUUAUGGACAGAACACCAAUAUCGAUUGCCCCAGAUUGGAAAAUCGUUCCAUGACUUGUCUGGGAAGGAGCUAUGUGACAUGACUGAAGAAGGGUUCCGUCAACGUUCUCCAUCAUGUGGCGAUGUUUUACAUGCUCAUCUGGACAUUUGGAAGUCAGCUGCCUGGAUGAAAGAAAAAACUGCUCCUGGGGACUUUCAUUACUGUGGCCAUGAAGAGAACUGGACAGACAGUGAGGUAGAUUCAUCCUGCUCAGGCCAGCCCAUUCACCUAUGGCAGUUUUUGAAAGAGCUUCUGCUGAAGCCUCAUAACUAUGGUCGCUUCAUUCGUUGGCUCAAUAAGGAAAAAGGUAUAUUUAAGAUUGAAGAUUCUGCCCAGGUGGCUCGGCUAUGGGGAAUCCGGAAGAACCGGCCUGCCAUGAACUACGACAAGCUGAGCCGCUCAAUUCGGCAGUAUUAUAAGAAAGGGAUCAUCAGGAAACCAGAUAUCUCACAAAGGCUGGUCUACCAAUUUGUACACCCUGUCUGAAAAAGCAGAGCAAAGAGAACAAAUUCAAAAUAUUUUCUGGGCUGGAGGAUUUCUGGAAAUAACAUCCUUUACCCUCUGCAAUGUUGAUGGAGCUAAAAGCAACUAUUGACAAAGACCAUUGGAUUUGGCUGGUGAACUGUAGACAUUCCUGGGUACCCUAAUUGUGUCUGGGAAACAAACAUUUACUGUUUAAGUAAAAUGGCAAAAAGGAAAUGAACUGGACCAUUCAGAUUUCAUUCUAGGCUUUGUGGUUUUGUAUUUGUUGUUGUUUUUUUUCACUUGAAAAGAAAAAAUAAUAUUUCCAGCUGCAUGGUAUGGGAAUCCAGAGAAGAUAGGAAUUUGAUGGAAAAGGGAAGAGAAUAUUGAUACUGUAAAGACUGUUACCUCUUUUCUAAUAAUUGGAAGCCUAUUUGAAAUCAAAGGAGCAAUGUAACAUUGUUUGCAACUUUGUAAAUUAACAGUGGGCAAUUAUAAUAUUGUGUAGCAAUCUUCUGACCUAGCUUAAAAUUCCUAUGCUCUCUAACAUUCCUUUUCUUUCUGUGUAACAAGCAAAAAUCUCAACUGUCUGUUUCUCUGACAGCAACAAGCCUGGGGGCUAUCCUUCCAAUGAUUUUCUAGUCUGCUUUUUUCCUCUUGUUCUUAGCACAACAGCCAGGCUUUUGAUAUUUCAAGCCUGGUGUUGGAGAAGAACUAAGAAACACUAUUUGGAAUUCAGAAUAAUGGUGUUUCAAUAAUUUAGAAUCAGGCUGGACCAAUGUAUUGUGUUUAUGUUUGUUAGGGGAAUGCAAAAUUGUAAUUUAAUUCAAAGGGGUAGCCUUGAAAGUCUGUCCAGGUUUGAUAUUAAUGAACUUGAUUAGUUUUCCAUAUAUGCAGUGAAUGAAAGUAGUUACUGUUUUGGGUAUUGUUAACAGAAGGACAGAGUCACCCAUUCUCAGUGUGUGAACAAACCUUUCUUAAGGGGAAAGACAAUAGGAUUGUGCAAAGCAGCUCCGUGCUGGAGCUCAGGCUGACCCAAAACAAGAACAAUUUGGCACCUGCCUGCUAGAGGAGGCCAACUAGCUGAGCAUUUGGGAAACACUGGAGAAAGCACACAGCCCCCACCCCACCCCAAGGCUGCCUGAACAUGGUCCUGGCAAUGAUACAGGUUUUUCUGGUGUAUGGACUGCACCUGGGUGCCUGUGCUGGAGUAUGAUAUUCAUUCUAAAUCAGAUAAAUUCUAUUGGAGGCACUUCCUGAAAUGCUGCUGCAAUUUCUGGUAGUGCAGCAGUUACACUGAGAAUUACAAAUUAUGGCCCAACCAUGUUCCUUUAUGAAAUCAGCAAAGACAGAUUUUGGCUGAUGAUCAAAAGUAAAGUCAUUGUGACUGUCAUUUUGCAUGAUAAGUCUGACACUGCCAUUGAAAAUUAAGAGAGAGUCUGAAAUGUAUGCAAGUUGAAGUUGUCUGGGCUACCAAAAUUAAAAGAGUGUGGGUGCUAAAUCAUGUGAAACUGACACAAUAUUUAGAGUUAUCACCAAAACUUCAAGGAAGCUUCUACUUUUACUCAUAUCUGCUUUCAAAAAAAGUUGACAUAUUAUUAUUUUACCAAAAAAAGCCAGUUCACCUAAGAAUCUUAUGCUCCCAAUACAUACUAGCACAUUGAUUAUGGCAUACAUAAAAUUCUUAAACAGUGAAGUUCCUUAAGAUUUCAGUAUUUGACUUAAGGUAAGAUCAAGUCUCCGUGCUGAAUUUAAUUCCUGACAACCUCAUGGACAUGUCUGUAAAUUUUUACUGGAAACAAUUUAGAAGAGAUUUGCCUAAGAUGAUCGUGACAACAACAACAACAAUGGAAUGGAAAAAGACAACCUUAGUUUACAGCUCUAGUGUUUCCCGGCGAUCUCUUAUGCAAGUAUUAAUCAGAUCUUACUUACCAAGUUCCUUGUAACCUUUCUUACAUUUUCAAAAUUAGCCAACGUUGGCUAGGUGCUGCCACCAAGAGCAAUAUCGACUUCAUGCACAGCAUAUAAAUUUUUAGAUUUGUUGAGCAUGUUGUAAGUAUAUAGAACGAACAAUAUUUUUAAGAUUAUUAAAUUGAAGUGAAUAUUCUUUGGAAUUAAAAUAUGUCCUUUCUUAA